UUUAAAAGAGGAGGGAAGCGGCAGAGCGCAGACAGACAGCAGCUGAAACCGACAGGGCUGCAAUAGCAGCAGCAGCAGCAACCAGGAGAGAGCAGAUCAUAGGCAUUCAUUCACAUUGCAAUCUAUAGUGUGGCAACACCAAGUCUCAGUCUGACCAGUGCGUCUGAUCAAAGGGGCAAAGGGAAGACAGCAGUUUAUCCAAGUGAAAUCUAAGAGAGCAUACCUUUAGGCUCCUCCAGGUCUUCUUAUCAUGAAGCUCUUGACAGCAGUUUUCCUCUUACUGUUCAUUGUAAUCUGCUUUACCAGCGUGGAAGGAUCAAAAUGCAGAUGCGCAAGAAAGGGCCCCAAGAUAAGAUUCAGUGAUAUACAAAAGCUGGAAGAGAAGCCAAAGUAUCCAUAUUGCAAGGAAAGAAUGAUCAUAGUCACAAUGAAAUCCCGAUUCCGAGGUGGCCACCAGUACUGCUUGCAUCCCAAACUCCCGAGUACCAAAAGAUUACUUAAGUGGUACACAAUAUGGAAAGAGAAAGAGAGCAGAGUUUAUGAAGAGUAAGAAGGCAGAAAGCUAGCAGAAGAAAUGGGAUUCUGUGGCAGACAUGAGGAAAAGAUGGACAAUGGAGGGAGAUGACUUCUCGCAAGACAAGACACAAAAUCUAUAUUGUUAUAAAGCACUUUUUACCAAGGAUCACUUUUUACAUUUUAUAGCUGUAAAAAAAAAAAAAAAGCUGCCAGAUUUCAUAAGGGUCUUUUACACACUAGAUUUCAUACAAGCCCUCUUUGUAGAGAGAAAUCUCAUGAGACGUAAUCUUCAUUUACAAAUUGGUGUCAUUUAUUUUUGUUUUUUAAAACCUUCAUUCAAUAGCUGUUCAUACAUCACCGUUACUGGAAACUGGGCUUUAUAAGCUCAUUCAGCGAAUCAUUAAUUUGUUUUGUUGUUGUUGUUGUU